GUAAAUCCUCACGAUCCCGGAGUAUGCGACGCAAAGUCGAGAGGUAAAGAAAUUGUUGUCAAGGACCGAUAUGAUAACGACCAACUCGUGGUGUGUCUGGAACAGGAUGGAAAAUAUAAAUGGCAGAUGCUAAAAGGUAUAGCUUUCUACUUUGACAGCUGCAUACGACCUUAAAUUCUAGAUCUAUAAAUUCUGGAAGUGUCUGUUUAAAACAGAAUUUUUGAAUAAUCAGAACAAACGAUCCCAGCUGUUAGUAUAAAACGGUUAACGUCCAAUGAUGAGUUUUCAAUAAAAUCGAUAUGUCACAGACUCGUGUCUCUACUCUUGUUUUGACUAAUCUUGGAUUUUUCACGAUAUUGUUUUUCUGGACGCUACACUUGCCUGUACAAUUUUAAGUUGUAAAGUUAUUUGAGGUACAAAAAUAACUAUUUACUGAGACCGAUGGAAUUAAUGUGUUUUGUGGACCUGAGACCACCGUUGGUCAAGGGGAACAACGGCGGUCGAAGGGCCACAAAACACAUGCACUGCUCUACCGAGGUCUCAGUAAAUAAUAUAUAGUAUAUAAUUGUCAAUUGAGUAUGAAUAAUUCACCGGUUAUUGGAGUGAACUUUGAAACCAAAACUAGAUAAAUGGAACGCCGUAAAUGUUUAAUAGAAAAAGACAGUUUAAUAAAAUGAACUUUGGAACUUCACGGUUGACGCGCGCUGCACCCAUUCUAUUAUGUACUGGUCAAUAAAUGUUCUAUUACGGACUGGUUGCCUCGUUGCCAGGGCGAUGCAUUAAACACGACGUUUUGCGGACCGGCACGUGAUACACUUUUGUCCAAUUGGAAAACAGAAAAAUUGAACUUUGACACUAUAUAACAAUGUACAUGGAUUAAAAAAAAAAGAAAAGUAAAAUAAAUAAAUAAAACACAAUAAAACACAGAAUAGGCUCCGGCCGGUGUAAAUAAAGGACAUAUUGCACCGCCCGAUUAAGAUUGCACUCUACAACACGUGUAUGAAAAUGUUUUCGUCUUUUACACAAAAGAAGGAACUGCUUUGAAGAAGUGUAAAGUUACACUGGUAUUGAGUUUAAUUAAAUCGAGUUUCAAUAUCUUAAGGUUUUAGUUCUGACAGAGCAUUACUGCAGAAUUUUAAGAGUAAAGGAUAUAGGCGACUUUUUCCCUUUCGUGAAAGAAAUAUUCGUUCUACUGUAUAUACCCUAGACAUUCAAUGAUUCAUACAAAUUCCCACUGAUAUUUCCAAUUAUUAUAUUGUAGUGAGUGAGAUACUGAAAAAAUACACAGCGAGAUAUUUUCCAUAUCUUCACUAGUAAAGAUAUCGAUCACGUGACAAUUCGAAAAUUUGCUUUUGAGCGUGAAAUUUCACAAUUUUUUUGCUUGGGACUAUCUAAUAAACAGAACAUUAUACUGUGGCUUGAAGAUAUGACUUUUAUCUUCUCAUGUUAAAAACAAUAUUUUACUCACUCGCUGCGCUCGUUCGUAAAAUAUUGUUUUCUGCACCAGUCGAAGAUAAAAGUCAUAUCUUCGCACCGCCGUAUAAUAUCCUCUAUAUGUUACUGUAGGUCAUUCCUAUGGGAACUUUUUUGAUCCAGCAAAGGAUUGUUCCGAUGUCGUUGAUAAUGUUCGUAAUGCAGAAAGUGGCCCUUACUGGAUAAAGACAAGGAAUAAAAGUCCGAGAAAGGUAUGGGAUUAGUGGUAAUAACUUUAAAGUGCUGAAUAAGAAACCAGGACCAUAUAGUAUUGUCUUGUCUACUUAAAAUGAAAUAAAAUCGCAACUCCGAGUUUCACGUUUUUCACGAUCCUUAUGCAACGAUGUAAUGUUCAACUAGAAUUGAAUUCAGCUUGGAAAAUAAUUUUGAAAAUUCUAGACAUCCGGUUUUUGCAAUUAAUGACAUAAUGAUGACGUCACAAUUUGUUACCAUGACAACAUAAGGUCAUAAUAUGCUUAAACAAGGCAUACCAUGAUUACCAUCCACCUGUAAAAGUUUCGUCAGAAUACACCGAAUGGUUCAAAAGAUAUCGCCCGCGGCUAUUCCCUCCCCUUCUAUGUAAGUCCCAAAAUGCCCCGUCUAGAUUAAGGGUUAAAGCCCGCCGCACACGAGAGCAACUUGUUGAGCUAACCGUCUCGCGUGGCAGCUAGCUCAGCAAGUUUCUCUCGUGUGCGGAUAGUUUUCGUGAGGAUUUGACCUCUCGAGGCCUUGAGGAAAAUAUCUAUCGUGUUUGAUAUUUUUCGCCUCGCGAGGAAAAAAUCUCAGCGUCUGCUGAUGUUGUGAGAUAAGUGCUGAGCUGUUUGAAUCAAUUAGCCAAUGACAAACCAUGGUUUCUUCAUGUGACUUGGAACAAAAUGGAGGAAAAUGCAAAUGAUUUUGUCAAUUAUGUUGUUGUUGAGUAGUUUUCCCAACGUGUGCGGUGAAGAUAUAUAGCAUGAGCUAGCUCCCUCGCGAGGCGGUUAGCUCAGCAAGUUGCUCUCGUGUGCGCCGGGCUUAACAAAUUAUACAAAUUUUUGCUAUGCCUCAGGCUUGGUGUGAUGUUGUCACAGAUGGUGGUGGAUUCAUUUUGAUCGGGGUCAAAGAUACACCAGUGACAUGGGCGAUCCCUUCCAAACCAACUUACAUUGAUCCAAAUGGUAGAAGCCAGUGGAGCAGUGCAUUUGGCGAUAAACUA